UACAUCGCUUACAGGUAGCUUUGCUUAACUUAGCAGGAGAAGAUGUCAGGUCGUGGAAAAGGUGGCAAAGGCUUGGGGAAAGGGGGAGCCAAGAGGCACCGGAAAGUUCUCCGAGAUAACAUUCAGGGCAUUACUAAACCUGCCAUUCGCCGUCUGGCUCGUCGUGGAGGAGUGAAGCGUAUUUCCGGAUUGAUCUAUGAGGAAACACGCGGCGUGUUGAAAGUGUUCUUGGAGAAUGUUAUCAGAGAUGCUGUGACCUAUACCGAGCACGCUAAGAGGAAAACUGUGACUGCUAUGGAUGUAGUUUAUGCUCUGAAGCGGCAGGGUCGCACCCUGUACGGCUUUGGAGGCUAAAGGGUUAGUCUUAAAUUCACACCUAAAAACUUUCAAAGGCCCUUUUCAGGGCCGCC